UGCAGGUAGUAAAAUGAAUGUGAUGGUUUUACCCGAAUUGUUCGCAAAGCGUGUACAUUUUACGAGCAUACACUCGGUGUAUCUCUUAAACAAAUAUAAACAUUUAAUUAAAUGGAAAAAUAAUCCAUCAAUUAUGGAAUUUGGUUUUGGAGAUGGCGGUACUUCGGCUGCCGCAUUACAGCCACUCAUUCCACAUGAUUGUAAGGAGUUUAUAGCAGCAGAUGUCUCCCAACAAAUGGUCAAGUAUGCGAAGCAGAAUGCGAAUUUACCAAAAGUUGGAAAAAUUAUACAAUUUAAUAUUAGUGCGCAAAAUGUAUCAUCGGAAUUUCAAAAUCGUUUUGAUCACAUUUUCAGCUUCUUCACGUUCAACUGUAUACCAAAUAUCAGCGCAAGUAAAGCAUUCAACAACGUUUACAAAAUGUUAAAACCGGGAGGUCAAACUUUCCACAUAUUUCUUCAACCUACACCUCUAGAUGUAGUUUACUGUAAUUUAUCAAAACAUCCAAAAUGGAAAAAAUAUGGACAAGAAUCUAUGCUGUCACCGUACUUUUUACAAAAAAACAAACAAAAUGGUUGCAAAAAAGAUCUAGUUAACGCGGGAUUUAAGGAUAUUGAAAUGAGAGUGGAAGACUUCGUUUAUGAGUUUCCGUAUGAAGAAGCGUGGAAGGAAAACUACAUUGCAGUAAAUGGAUCGUACGCGUCUAUUCCUCCUGAAGAGCAAGAAGAGUACAAGAAAUGUUUUUUCCAGCAUAUUAAGGAGAAAGUUAUAAUUAAUAAUAAUGAUGAUAAUGGAUUUCCAAGAGUGAAAUAUGAUGUUAUGGUUGUUUCUGCGAAAAAAUGAAACCAAUAUUGAUAGUCUAUAUCAGUGGUCCCCAAACUUAUGAGACAAAUAGUCAAAAUAUGAACAAUGGAAGUCAAAACUCUGUUUGUUUAGUUAACUUUAUUACACUAAAUAAAACUAAAUUUAAGUUUGAGUGAGUCAGUUGUUGUUUUUAAUGUCAUCAUUGCAAGUUCUCAUCAAUAAAACCAUUUCUCUGUCUAAUCUUGGUAAUGUUAAUGAUUGAGAAAGAUUGAAAAUGAUCAUGUCUUCCUUUUCGAUGUCAUUCAAAGCAAACCUCUUGUGUUGUGAACUAAGAUCACAUUUUACCUUUUCCAAUAUUUCCACUUCAACAUUUGUAUUUAUAAUUCCAUAUCAAUCACAAGAUAAGAAAAUUUCAACUCGGUUGUUGUAGCAUUUAGAUUAUUUUGAACAAAUACUAAAGUUGCUUUGCUGUUUUGAAAUUGUUGAAAUCUACUGGGAAAUUCUUCCCUUCGUAUUUAAAAUUAUUGUUUUAAAAUGGUGUUUAACAAUAGAGAAAUUAUUUUCUUGGAGAUUUUCAGCAGGGUCGGAGAGUGAAACAACGAUUUUUUUGAAAUUCUGAGUUUAAUAAUAAAUGUAAUUUUGUUCUCAUCAAAUUCUUCGCAAUGAAAAUAUUAUUGCAUUUUGCACCACGUAGAUAUUUGUGUCGAACCACACUUUGCAAAACCACCGGUCGAUAUUAUUAAUUAUCUUGAUUUUCGAAUAUAUUUGUGAACAAUUAUAAAUAAAGAAUUGUAGAACACAAAA